AUGUCAGUUGCUUUUGCUGCCCUGCAAUUACCUGAUGCAGUAUCAAAAUUCAGUAGAGUUGAAACUAAUGCAGCAAUUUGUCAAGAACUUAAGGUUCACUGCCAAUUAUUCUUUAACACUUGUUCCCUACUUAUGAAGUCAGUUAACCCUAUAGUGUGGACUGUGGGAUAUGCAAUUCCAUUCCACAAUGCAGCAUUGUUUCGAGAAUUUGGAUUUGGCCUUGGCAUUAACACUAUGCAAGGCCGCGAGGCCAAGCAUGUAACUCUGUCAUCAUUUGCACGUCAUGCAACGCUCUAGCCUGUGUACAGACGUCCCCCCUCCCUCAGGAAAAAUCGGGAGAGGAGACGUCUGUGAAUCGCCGACGAUAAUCGUGUUCCCGUUUCCCAGGAAUGUUGGGGACAGCCUCUGAUUGGUUGUAAUGUUAAUGCCAUGACGCAAAUAAUUUCCGGUGUUGUGAUUGGUGAAUGAACCUCAGAAUAGAUUCCCCGGGGAAAAGCUCAGCCUUUGUGGACAUUCAUAUUUGUUUACCGGUAUUUGUAUUUCGGCUCUCUCGAAAAGGCAUGAGAAGGUAAGACCACCGAUGUUUGCUGCACCCGUUGCGGAUGCAUCUGUCUGUACCGGUCGGUAUUGUAAAUAAAAGAGAAGGCAUACAUAAUCCAACGUUAACAGCCAAGGCCGCGGGCCAAGCUUACCCCAAAAAGAUUCUUUUAAUGAAUUGAUUAUUUGAAAAAAUGAAUCCGUUAGUCGUUCCCGUAACUGGUGUCAAAUUUAAAUCGGCAUUCUUGUAUGCGCAAUGGGUAGUGAAUAUUUUAAGAGAACUUCUCUGCAUUUGGUCAGAUUGAAAAUCUUUGAAUGGAUUAAAUGUCUUAGAAGACAUUUACAUCAAAUUCAGGGAAACUGAGCUGGUAGAAAUUUCGUAACUAAAUCGCGUGUGAAUUCACAGCUCAUUACGCAUGCAAAAAUGCACACAGAGAUGAAUCUGAAAUCUACAACUACCAACGGUUCAACUUAAUUUCGAAUAAUAAAUACAUUAAUGGAUCUUAAGAGGUACGCUUGAUCUGGCUUGACUGUAAUCAUCUUCAACGUGAAGAUGUUCGUAUAGCCUAUGCACAGACGCCAGAGCUAUUUUUCGACCUACCUGUGCCUUUUCAACUGUCAACGAAAGAACAAAAAAAUAAUUUAUGCAAAUUUAAACCGGAACACGAUUAACGACGGCGAUUCACAGACGUCUCCUCUCCUGAUUUUUCCUGAGGGAGUGGGGACGUCUGUACACAGGCUAGCAACACUCUCAACUCGGUGGAGCUUAGUCAUGCGCCAUGAGUACAUCAGCUCUAUCUGGCUUAGGAAAAUUGACCCGUUUCAUUUUCGGUAUGCCAAGUGUAAGGAUAAGUACAUACCAAAAGAAUCUUAUCUCCCUGAGUUUUGUUAUUGUGGUUUUAAACUAGAUGAAAAUGAAGCCAAAUGUUUUUACUGUUCCUCAAGCCUUUAUGAGGCUAUUUCUAGAUCUGCACAGAAAGGAGAACUUGAUGAUGAAAUCUGUAACAUGCUUAGUGUAUCUUCAUAG